AGAUCAGAGAAACACCCAUGCCGAAGUCUGCAGUCAGCUUUGUUUACUAGGAAAAGGAAAGUAUACAUAUGUGAAAUCUCACCGAAUAGUACGUGAUUUCUCUUAAGGUCUGGCAUUUGUUAAGUUGGACGAGGAUGCUCCCAAACUCUUGUGACACAUUUGUAGCCCUGCCUCCAUCAACAGAAGGCCAGAAUACAGUCUUCGGAAAGAACUCGGACAGACCCUGCGAUGAAGUACAAGAAGUGGUGUACUUCCCCUCCAAGAGCCAUGAGGAUGGAGAAAAAGUUGAGUGUACAUAUAUAGAGAUCGAGCAGGCAGCGCACACAUACGCAGUGGUGCUGAGCCGACCCGCCUGGCUGUGGGGGGCAGAGAUGGGGGCAAAUGAGCAUCAGGUGUGCAUCGGAAACGAGGCGGUCUGGGGGAAGGAGAACGCGGAUGGGGAUGAAGCUCUCUUGGGCAUGGAUCUUGUUAGGCUGGCACUGGAGAGGGCCGACACAGCCGAAAAGGCUCUAGAUGUUAUAACAGAGCUGCUGGAAAAAUACGGCCAAGGAGGGAAUUGCAUGGAAGAUGAGUCCGGGUUCACGUACCACAACAGCUUCCUUAUAUCAGAUCGUACUGAGGCCUGGGUGCUGGAGACAGCUGGGAAAUACUGGGCAGCAGAGAGAGUAAAGGAAGGGUAUCGUAACAUGUCCAAUCAGUACUCCAUCACUACUAAGAUAGAUAAGGAACACCCGAGGUUAAAGGACUACGCACGAGAGAAGGGCUGGUGGGACGGACAGGCUCAGUUCAGUUUCGCAGACGUUUAUUCCUUCCAAACUACAGCCCGAAUCGAGGCCGCAGGUGGCCGCUACUGUGAGGGACGCAAACUUCUGGAGAAGAGCAAAGGUCACAUCACAGCAGAGACCAUGAUGGAUAUUUUGAGGGAUAAGGAGAGUGGAAUCAACAUGGAGGGCAUGUUUAUGACCACCGGCAGUAUGGUGUCAGUGGUCCCUACAGACCCCGAUCUGCCCGGCGUUCACUUCUUCACUGCGACUCCAGACCCAGACAGGUCUGUUUUUAAGCCGUUUGUAUUCGUGCCAGACAUCAAGCAGCUGAAGCACACACGUUCUCCGUGUUAUGGAGAAGAGGAUCCCGUGAAGAAGAAACCUCGUUUUCAGAGCAAACCGAACCGCAAGCACCCGCUGUUCCUGAAACACGCGGUGGUCGCAGCCAUCAUCGACAGCACCAGGGAGAGAGGACAGAAGAUCGUUGAGAAAAUGAGAGAUCUGGAGAAGCAGAAGCUGGCAGAGAUGCAGAAAUAUCUGACUUUGGGAAUUGAGGACAAAACACUACCGGUUCAUCUCUUCACAGACACUGUAACCGAGGAGUUGAACAUUUACAGUAAAGCCUGAGAAUGUCAUUAAAGUAUUAUUAUUGUUUCCCAACACAAGUGAGAGCUGGAACUAACUACAGGGUGUCAGUUAUACAUGUCAUUAAAAAGAUUAUAUGGGUUUAAUGUUUAAACCAUUCACACUGAACAGAACACACAACAGAUUCAUCAUUGUGGACUACCUGUCAAAAACGAAUAAACUUUCAAUUCAGAUCGUGUCUGUAUCCAUUUGCAGAAAUAUUUUAUUGCGUGAACAAAGUUGGCAGGACUUAAAAUAUGAAACACAAAAUCAUGCAUUAUUUCGCUUCUCCCUCAAACACAAAUAACAAAAUAAUCUGCAUACAUACUGGCCGGUUCGAUUUAAGGGCAUACAGUAAAUCAAACAUUAUGCAAACAUAGACAUCCGCCACAUUCUAUUGGGAGAGCGAAUCUGCAACAAAACGUUUUAUGAAAAGUACAAAAGAUUAUCAAUUAUUUUUCAAGAAAACAACUUCUCCAGGUUUUCAACAUUAAUGAACCUGGUUAGAUCAUGGCGAAACAUUCUUACCUUUACAUUUAAUUCAAACAGCAUCUGUGGUCUGGAAAAGUAGUUUGAUACUUUUGAUAAAUUCAGUUUCAGAAACAUCUGACCUCGAGUCAGCAUACGAUUCCAUAUACUUGUCCAAUAAGACCUUUCCCGAAGGAAAAUAAUACAGUGUUGCUAUUACAAUCAUAACUGUUGUUGUACAUUAACAACAAUUGAAAACAAAAAAACGACAGUGUCUUAACAUUUACAUUAUGUUAGGUAGAUUCAGCAGGAUCAAAUGAGCCAAAUGUAUUUCAACAUCACAUUUUUAUGAAAUGUAACUGCUUCUCCAUCAACCCUGUGUUGUUCUGUAUGUGUGAGGUAGGCAAGGCCGUGCCGUCUUGAGACCAAACUCAUUCACAUAUCGUUAUUGCCAUUAGUACUGUAAGAUAAACGGUUCACUAAAAGACAUGCCUGAACCAUCCACAUCGUCUCCGCUACGUGAAACGGUAGUGCAAGGCUUCGUCCUGAA